AUGGAGCCCACCCUCAGCAGCCCGUUGUUCACUCGCCAGGUCGUGCAGGCGAUGCGCUCGCUGUACCCUGAAGAGCUUGCCGACCGCGCUUGGGACAACGUGGGUUUGCUCCAGGAAAACAUCGAGCCGGCCUCUGGCAGCGUCCCUCCGCGAGUCCUCCUAACCAACGACCUAACGGUCGCUGUCGCUGAGGAGGCGAUUGCCAAAAGGGUGUCCGUAAUUGUGAGCUACCACCCCUUCAUCUUCCGCGGCCUGAAGGCAGUCACCCUCAACGAUCCCCACCAACGCAUCGUCCUGCGCCUGGCACAGCAGAACAUUGCAGUGUACAGCCCCCAUACCGCGAUCGAUGCCACCUUGGGUGGCGUCAACGACUGGCUCGCUGACAUGCUGGAUGAGCACGGCGUCACAAAGAAGUCCGUCGUCCAGUCGAUCCGCAGCCCCGUGCCGGCGGGCUUUGAGGGCGCGGGCUACGGCCGCCUUGUCGAACUUGAGAAGGCCGUCAACUACGUUAGCAUUGCGAAGACUUAUGCCGAGAGGCUGAAUACUUCUCUGGUCAUGGUCGCCCGGCCGAGCCCGACGUCCGGUGUAUCGGUGUUCGUGCGGUCAGUCGCCGUCUGCGCCGGGUCUGGUUAUGACGUCCUCAAGGACACCAAUGCAGAUGUCAUUGUGACCGGCGAGAUGACCCACCACAACGCGCUGCGGUUGACUAUGCUGGGCAAGUACGUCAUCACGGUAUUUCACAGCAACUCGGAGCGCGGGUUCUUGGAAGAGGUCCUACAGCCACAGCUAGAAAGGAUCCUCAAGAAGCAGGACCCCGCAGCCGAGGUGUUGGUAAGCGGUGAAGAUCGGGAUCCUUUUGAGAUCUUCAAGUUUGACAUUUGA